AUGGGACAACAAAAAGGCUUCGUCGAAGAGAUGCGACGCGUCGCGAUGUCGCUGCACACGCGGGAGCAAGCGCCGAGGGAGGGAGAGAAAAAGACGGACGCGACGAAGUCGGAACAAAAGCCCGUGGCGCGAUGGACGCCGACGGCGGAGGGAUACUUGAACUUUUUGGUGGAGUCGCUGGCGGUGUACGAGGCGAUGGAGCGCGUCGUGGCGGCGAACGAAAACGAAAAAACGUAUGGAAAGUUUAAUAAUUGUGGGUUAGAGCGCUCGGAGGCGCUGAGGAAGGAUAUUAAGUAUAUGGAGGAGCGAUUCGGGUUGGCGCCGAGGGAAGCGACGGGGGCGGGGAAGGAGUACGCGGAGACGCUCAAGGCGCUCGCGGCGACGUCGCCGCCCGAGUUUAUUUGUCACUUUUACAACGUCUACUUUGCGCACAGCGCGGGGGGACGGAUGAUCGGACGCAAGGUGAGCGAGCUCAUUUUGGAUGGUAAAGAACUGGAAUUUUACGAGUGGCGCGCGAACGGGGGCUUGGAUGAAUCUUUGGCUCGGGUGAGAAAUUUGUUAAACGAAACCGCCGAGGCGUGGUCGCGCGAAGAGAAGGAUCGGUGCCUCGAGGAGACUGGGAAGUCGUUUCAGCUCUCCGGACAGCUCCUGCGCUUGAUUGCGUGA